CAUGUUCAUCCAAGCAUGAAGUGUCUGUCUCCCAACCUCCCACCCUCCCCCCACUUUGUUUUUUCGGGUGCCCUCCACUGCCGCCCUUUCUCUUGGAACCUCACAUUUUCAGUUAUCCAAGAGAGAACCACUGUCGGGACACAGACAGAAAAUCAAGGGGAGGAGACGGUGGCUGUUGUAUUUGAAUUUCAGGCACAGUUCAGAUGGCUUUGCUCCCUGAGAUAGCUUCUCUGCCCAGGGACGCCAGAAGACGACAGCUCAAAUUGGAGUGUCCUGUCUGACUGCUUUUCGCUGGCACUGGAAUAGUGUGACACCCUCCUCUGCCCCUUGUAUUUCUGCCCUGACUUCUUCAAUAUUCUCCUGAGCGUUUAUCCUACCCAGCUGCUGUUCUGUAGCAGCUACUGCGGCUGUCAUCUCCUCCUCCCUGGGCUGGGGAGCAGAUUUGGGAGUGGGGUCUUUCUAUCUCGCCUGAUCACAUCUUCUCUCCUUCCCUUCCCUCCUUUUUGCUCCGUGUAGCCUUUCAAAAUGACAAACCUACCCUUCCUGGCAGCAGAAGGGAGGAUCCUGCAAGUUUGGGUGGACUAGGUGAGGAGUGGAAGCGCCUCCCUCCUCCCUCCACCCCGGGGUUGGGGGGGUGGGGGGCGUUGGUGCUGAAGGGAUUAGCAGGGAGGGCGGAAACCACCUUGCCCUCCAGUCGCUGCUGAGAGUUUCUGUGCACCGGGAACCACGUUAAGACCAAGAAGCCCCAACCAAGCCUCGGAAGCCUCGGGAACCAGCGAGUUGCAUCUAAGAAAAAGCACCCCGAUGUUCCUGCAAUUCCACCUGCUUUGGCUUAGCCUCUUAGCACCCCACCCCUGCAAUCCAUCUUAGCUUGCUUUCUUAUGAUUUUAAAAUUAUUAUUAUCUGUACGUUUUGUUUCUUUCUGAAGAGAUACAUCAGGAGGGGGCCACAUAGGUGGAGGGGGUGUAGCGGGGUGGGAACGGAGGGUUUGAUUAGAGAUCUCAGGGGAGAAGAUUGGUCUCUCCAGAUGCUGAUUUCCAAAGCACUUGACAAUCACCGGCAGAAGCCCAGAGCGGGCGGCGCCGGCGGCCGCACCGGCCCGGGGGCAGCUGGAGCCCGGCGCUGAGUCCUGCCCAGCGCGACCCGGACCGACAGAGGCACACAGAACCUGCCGGGACCCGCCCUCCAGCCCGCGCCCGCCCAGGGAGCCAGCGGCCCGCUCUACCUCCCUCCCGGGAGGCGGGCAGGGCGAGGAGGCAGCGUGAGUGGCGGUGGAGACCCCCGCGAGGGCUCCGGCGACCAGUGGUGACCGGCAGCGCCUGAAGCCACGGUCCCGCUCUCUACUCUGACGCGGCCAAGCGGCGGCGGCCACGACCUCCGGCUCCCCGGGAUCGUCCCGCUGCGCCCAGGGCGCAUCUGCGCGCCUGGCCCCGCGCCCUGAGGAGAGGGCGAUGGGUCCCAGUCAGGACUGAGCUCCCCUUCCCCUCUCCUCAGCCCCGCCUGGCGCCCCCUCAUCUGCCCCGAGGGCGAGCCUCGGUCUGCACCGAAGCCUUCCCCUCCGGUGCCCCAGGCUCGCAGUCCUCCUGCGCCCUCUCUCCCCGGACCCGUUCCCAGGGCCACCAUGGCCGCGGCCAUCGCCAGCGGCUUGAUCCGCCAGAAGCGGCAGGCGCGGGAGCAGCACUGGGACCGGCCGUCUGCCAGCAGGAGGCGGAGCAGCCCCAGCAAGAACCGCGGGCUCUGCAACGGCAACCUGGUGGAUAUCUUCUCCAAAGUGCGCAUCUUCGGCCUCAAGAAGCGCAGGUUGCGGCGCCAAGAUCCCCAGCUCAAGGGCAUAGUGACCAGGUUAUAUUGCAGGCAAGGCUACUACUUGCAAAUGCACCCCGAUGGAGCUCUCGAUGGAACCAAGGAUGACAGCACUAAUUCUACGCUCUUCAACCUCAUACCAGUGGGACUGCGUGUUGUUGCCAUCCAGGGCGUGAAAACAGGCUUGUAUAUAGCCAUGAAUGGAGAAGGUUACCUCUACCCAUCAGAGCUUUUUACCCCUGAAUGCAAGUUUAAAGAAUCUGUUUUUGAAAAUUAUUAUGUAAUCUACUCAUCCAUGCUGUACAGACAACAGGAAUCUGGUAGAGCCUGGUUUUUGGGAUUAAAUAAGGAAGGGCAAGCUAUGAAAGGAAACCGAGUAAAGAAAACCAAACCAGCAGCUCAUUUUCUACCCAAGCCAUUGGAAGUUGCCAUGUACCGAGAACCAUCUCUGCAUGAUGUUGGGGAAACGGUCCCGAAGCCUGGGGUGACGCCAAGUAAAAGCACAAGUGCGUCUGCAAUAAUGAAUGGAGGCAAACCAGUGAACAAGAGUAAGACAACAUAGCCAGAUCCUCACAGGUGUUGUGACUUAUUUGUCCUGAGCACAGUUGAGUGAUUUAUCCUCACCAGACAUUCCUGCUCUGUGGCUGAAGAGCAGCUGGAAGUAAGCUAACGCUUGCUCUUUGCUGUCUCUGAACUUCUCUGUUGCAAGUGGAUAAAUCUCAACCUGUUGCACCCCCCACAACAAGAAGACACCUGGAUAACCAGCUAAACUCAGACCAUGGAAUGCCCUACCAGAUAUGGAAUGCCUUUUUAAUAUCUUUUCUGUGACUGUGACACUUCAUGUGAAUGACAUACUUCACAAGUACACUCGAUACCUUGCCUGCUGACAGCUACCCAUAAUCCUUUUUGAGUCCUGUUUCAGCGAAAUCUAUGUGUUUAAGUUCAAUUUUGUAGCACACAAAUAAUAUUGAGUAAUUUCUAGUUAGACGCUGUAAACCUGUGCUAUUAUGGAUUUCUCUUCUUCCCAUUUCUACAGGGCUGCUCGCUCCACUGUCUGUGACCUUUUUGCAGGGAUUUUGUUCCUCUAAAUCUUAAAUGUUGCAGUUGGCUUAGUUCAGAGAGCAAUCAGGGAAUCAGGAAGCCUUCUAAACCUAUUAUUACAAAUUGCAUCUAUCAAGAUUAAGAUUGUUGUCUCUGGCUCACACUAUCGAUUAAACACACAUAUACACUCUGUCCAGUAGCAGAUACUGUGCUCCCAAGGUCGGCGUUGCCUGGGUGGGAAAUGGCUCAAACACAAUCCAGGGAAGCUCUCUAUGAUGUGUGUUUGACAUCCCCCUCUAGUUUCUUUGUGUGUGUGUGUUUUAUACAUAUCACAAGCUUACUGGUAAUGGUAACAUUUGCCUUGCCCAGCGAGCAAGACCCACUGGUUUUUGAGAAAGUGGGUCCAAAGAUUUUUGUAGGCCUUGUAGGCCUGAUUAAGGUUCAUUUUUCAUCUAUUAAUUCUCAUUAUUUGGAAAAUUAAAAAAAGAAAAUCAAUAAUUACAACCUACGAGAAUUGCGCUACCUAAAUCCAUUUCAGAUAUACUCCGUCCUGUUUUUAAUGAACCAAACUUAACGCCAUCCCCGUUUCUGGCUGCGUUCCCCUCAUACUCAGCAGAGCAUGGGCAAGACGGCUGUUGUUGUGUUCUUUCCUGCAGCAGCAAUGCAAACGUUAGUUAUAAAUUAGACUUUAAUAUUUUUGGUGUUUAAUGACAAGUUUUUAAACUGGACAUAUUAGGAAAAAAUAUUUUUUUUAGCUCAGCAUGCUGAGUCCGGUACUGUGUAUUUCACCAGUACAUGCCUCUAACUCAGCAUUUGGGGCCCAUGCUGCCCUGUGCCUGGGUUAGAGGUGCCUUGCCAUGAUCUCAGAAUACAGUCUGUCUGUUGAAUUAUCCUAGAUGAAAAUAAAGGCAAACCAACAUAUUCAUCCAUUAGGAUUUUGGUCCAUUCUGUUUAUUACCUUUUUAUUUACUUUGCAUUCUUAAUUUCCUUUUUAAUUUAAUACUGUUUGAACUCUGAGCUUAGGGAAGACUACUACCAAGAAAGGCCAGGAACAGUUGACUACACAGUGAAGAUUCCAUGCAAAAUGUUCAAUAUUGGAUCUAAAGGGUUUCAAAAUGCUUCAUACUAAAUUGUUUGGGAAUAUAUUUGUUAACUCUGUGUACACCUAAUAAAAUUCAAUGUUUUCUUCUCAGAAGAGUUCAUUGAGACCAAACUGAACCUCAUUUAUUGAAAAUUAUAUGUGGGAUCAAUGUACUGGCCUCUUGUGAUUCUUUCUCUGUGGGAGGAUGACCCAGUUGUCAUUUUCCCCAUCUGCACUGUAUUUAUUGGAAAAUUAUUUUGUCACUGCGUUCAUAAAUCUUCAUGACAGCCCUUGCCCAGCAUUAAAAAAUUCUGGCCUGCUUAGCUGAUUAAAGGUUUAGUAUAAAUUUAACUGUUUAUGCUUAUUUCAUUUUCAUAUUGGAUUCUACUUGAAUAAAUAAAAAGUUAGCAGAACGUUUGAGUAGAUUUAUUGUCAAUGAUGCUAAAUUACAAAUGUGAAAAAGAUGAUUCCUUUGGUCAUUUCUGAUUUGGUGUUAUGUCAUUUUGAAGGUUAUUGUUUUUAAGGGGAUCAGUUAAAAUAGAUAAAUUGUAUUAACCAAUUAUUUUCAGAAAACAUAUACCCCAUAAUAUCUGGCAAACUAUGAGUACUUUUUAACUUGUAAUUCAGUCAAAUGGGCUUAAUAGACACUACUUACAGUAUCUCUCUCUCUCUCUCACACACACACACACACACUCACACAGCAAACAACCCCCUGUAUUUGUUGUUAUUGAUAAUCAGCCCUACUUACUGGUUUCUUUUUCCCCUGCAAGUCUGUUUAUUGUUUUAAAUUAAGACAAGAUUUAUUUUUGUAAAUGACUGAGAUUUAUGUAAACGUGUACCUCUGUUGUGUUUUAUAUACGGGUGUCUAUAAGGGCAUUUAUCCCUAUGAAGGAUGUCAAAUACUUUCUUCUAAUAUAUGUUUAGGCAUAUUGCAGAGGGGUCUUUGUUAUUUGUAAUUUAGGUCAUUUACUUUGUGUCUGGUCUCACCUGUUGCAUGGGACGAGGGCAGCACUGAUGAACUGCAUGUAGUAGGUACCUGUGUAUCUAGAACUGUUGGUAUGUAUUGCUAAAUUGCAUACAAAGAGUUUGUUUGCCUUGUACAGUUUCUGUGUUUAAUAUCAUUUGUUGUAUUCACAAAUACAACAUAUUGAAUAAACUAUAUGAAGGCAUAUUAAACAACAUCAAACAACGUUAUGUAACAAAAUGGCAUUGCAUCACCCACCAAUAUAUAGAAAUGUCAUGUAAAUAAGUUGGUAAACUCAAUUUUCCCCUUUACCAUGCCAAAGAAAAUUUUAGCUCUUUGAUGAUACCUCUCUCUUGCUAUUUGUUUGGGAUAAGACUUCACCACUUUUUUCCCUCAAAAAUUAAGUUUGCUGUUAUUAAGUGAGUGCAAUCUGUCACGACUGAUGUUCCGUACAGUAAAUCGGAUGGAAUUCAUUUGUAUUUACAGACCGUGUGUUUUGUACCUCCAUGUGCAUAUGUCCAUUGUAUCAAGUCUCUAGAAUACUCCAUUCCUGCUGCAUGCAUAUCUGGUGUGGGAGGGUUACUUCUACUGAUUUGUUAGAGUAGCAGAUUGCUUUGCCAAUCCCUCAACAAUGCUCAGAAAUGCUGUUUUGAUAUUUCAAGUGAAACAUUUUUGUUUUCUAAUAAGGUUGCUUUUUAAAACAUUUUGCUACCACUUGACUUGGAAAAAUUAGAGAAGACAUGCAAGUUCUCCAACCUAUGUAAGGAGCAAAAUGGAACUGAGCAUUGUUUCAUCACAAAUCCUGAAGAACUCGGAGAUUCUUGCUCUAAAUGUUGGCUUGUCCUGAAUGGUUUUGGGUAGGGGUGACUUAAAGAGAUCCACGAUGGGGCCAAAGGGCUCCAGCUGCAGUUCUUCUAAUAGUUUGCCUCUUAGGCAGCAAGCAGAGGUUCUUUAUCAUACGUGGCCACUUGCUUAGUUAAUGCUUUAAGCACUAAAAUAGUCAUUUUUAUCAGGAUAAACAGUAUCAGAUAUGGUUCUCUUUAAAAACCAAAAACUUCUUAUUUUUUUAAGUUAGACAUCUAUCACUUCAUUUAAAAUUAUCUCCCUAAUAUUAGAGAUAAUCAAUGUUCGAUACAUAUUCAAGAAGAGACCACAUUGACUAACAUCUACUUUAGAAAGAAGAUGAAAGUAAUUGAAAAUUAUUUUCACUCUUAAUUCAGAACAAGACUGUAUCAAGAGAAAGCUAUUGGGCUAAAUCCUCAGUUAUUUUCCAAACUGCAGGCAUGUCAAAAUCCAGGAUGUGCAUUGUGUUACUUUGAGUGAAAUAUAAGUCAUAGCUUAGGUUUCUUAGCCUACAAUGUGAAACUCUUGACUCUUGAAUAUUGAGUAGGGUUUCAAAGUGUUGAUAGUUAAGUCUGCAAACUAAGGAUCAGUUAUAUUUCAGUUUUGUUGUUUUCUUGAUUUUCACUAAGUCUAAUUCCAAUGUCUACUGGCAGAGAUUAUAUUUGCAUUUGAGGUGGUGGAGGACAUUCCUUCCAAAGCGCUAAUGGAAUCCAGAUAAACUCAAGGAGCCCAGAAAGGAUAAUGUCUCUCCUCUUAUGUCUUUGCACUUUAGUUGACUUUUUUAUGGAAAAGUCCCAGGGUGGAAUUUCUCAGUGGUGAUUUGCCAAACAAGCAGGGUUAGUGCCAAUACCUUCUGUAAACUUGUUGCAUCCCUUCCAAUUGACAUUAAUCCCACUGCAGCUUCCUCAAACCAGAACGAGCCAAUCAGAUUUGCUUGUUUCCUCCCACCUGUUAGAAGUUUGUUCCUGCCCUGCUUGCUUUUUAGAGGGAGUUUCUAUCAUAGAGUUGGAAAAGUACAAAAUUAUAUUUAAGAAGGAAAAUGUUUAUGUCUUUACAUGUAAUUAUUUUUUCCAAUCUAAAUUCAAUUACUUCUUAAUAGAUAUAUUGGUGUUUGCAUUGCCGGCAUCAAAACCACACACACACACACACACACACACAGAAAUAAGUAAAAAUAAAAUAUUUCUGUUCUCAAAGAAAAAGCAUUCCUUAGAGUUUAGGUGUCAUGUAACUUAUAUUAUAAUACAUUUCCAGUUCUAUGGUUUCUAACUAAAUGAACACUGGAACAGAACUGACCAUAUUUUCAUCUUUGUCCAACAUUUUGAACUUCAUGGUAUAAUUUCUCCAAUAUCUAAAUUCUUUUUCUGAGAAAACAAAUGCGGAGAACAUUUUUGACACUGUUCUUACAUAAGACUAUGAAAAAGAGCAGCACUUUUGUUGUAGUUAUUGUUCUUAAUAAAAAGGAUAAUAACAGAGGGUUAUAAAGAAAAUAAGACUCACCUGAGGUUUUGUGAUGAGCCAUAGAGAAUCAAGGGCACUUCCAGUGGAGGUGAGGCUGACAAAGUACUGUUCAGCUGCCAGCCAAAUCCACCCUUAAUCUGUUUUUGUAUGGCCUGGGAACUCAGAAGGAAUUAUUUUUUUUACAGCUUUAAAGUAGUAAACAGAAACAAAGAAAGAAGAUAAUGAGACAGGGAUGUAUGUGGUCUGUAAAUUUUAACUUUCUGGUCCUUCACAGGAGGAUAAGCCCUGUGACAGGAGAAUCCAAAGGUAAUUGUAUUAGGAUGGCUAGAUAAUGUUAUGAAUUCCAAUGUCUGCGCAUCAGCAAAUAUGUCAUCCAAAUUGCUACAGAACCGUAAUAAUAGGUUGUUUGCAGCUUAAAAUGUUUAGGUAGUGAAGAGGAAAGAAUAUAACCUACAAUAUUUAUUGACUACUAAUAUUUCCCUCAUUUUACAAAAGAGAUAUAUCAAUUUACAUACUCAAUAAUAGAACUACAACAUGGUUGCACUCCUUAAUCUCAGGAUAGAGAUAACAAUUUUAUAAAUAUAUUACAUUAUGAGGACAUUAUUAGUACUAUAAAAAUCAGCAUCAGUUAAAUGUUCUCUUAAAAUAAUUUUCAAUGUUAAAUUUUUAAGUAACUCAGUGGAUGCAUAUUUUCCUUAUUUUUGGUAAUUUGACUUAUAAAGUUCAAGCCAUGACUCUAGAAUACUUACAUCAUUAAAAUAAAAUUUCCAAGUAAAAAUUUUCAUCUUAAAAUAAUAUCGAAAUGAUUUUGCUACAUUAUUAUAGGAUUUUACAAAAUAACUCACCUUUAGAAAAAAAAGUGUUUUUUUUUAGCUCUAAAUAACUAAAGGUUGCCUAAACUAAUGUGUAUAAGUAGAUUUACCUGUAAAUAUAUAAGGGAAGUCCCAAUUAUUGUACAUUUUCAUAAUUCAAUGUGAAUUUCAUACAAAGCAAAGUUUCACCAUUAAGAAAAUAAACAUUUUGUUCCUA